GCAUCUUCCUGUGACAAAAUCAAUACUACGGGCGCCUCACGUAUUCAUCGAGCAUGUCUGGUGCAUCGGCUGCAGCAGGUGCCGCCCCUCUUCCCGAAGAGCCCGCUGAUAUAGCCGUCGUGCCGUCGGCGGGCCACUCGCCGAGGCUGAACGGCGCUGCUGCAGGAGAGGCGUGUGGCGCUAUGGUUGAGGAGGAGGAGGAGGAGGAGGAGGAGGAGGAGGAAGAGAAGGACCAGCCGAUGGGCGAUGAGCAUGCUGCAUCUGCAUCUGCUGCCUCUGGUGGGGAGGAGAGGAAGCGGCCCCUUGCAGCAGGAGAGGACGACAAUACUGGCGACACGCUGCCGCGGAAGAAGAAGGUUAAAGGGGUGGGCAGGGCAGGGCAGCACGAACGAAAGGGACAUCAUGAUGAUAUGCAAUGCAAUGCAAUGCAUUGCAUGAGGGUACGUACGGUGAUGAGAGUGCUUCCUUCCUUCCUUCCUUCCUUUCUUCCUUCAGGGUGUUGGUCAAGGGGCGGGCUCGGACGGGUCAGCUGAUGGUGACGACGACGAGAGUGUCAUGGAUGUGCCAGACAUGGGGGCCGUGCUCAAACGAUGCGAGGAGCCAUCACCUGACGUAAGUACUUACGAAUGAAUCACAAGGAAUGCAAGGCACGCCUUCUCUUUCUCACUCAUGGCGCUGUGUGUGUGUGUGUGUGUGUGUGUCUGUGUGUGUCAAUCCGCCGGUGGGGCAGCUGCCCGGUGCAGACCGUAGGCGGAUUUUGGCCAAGAGCAUCGAGGGCCUCAUUGAGGAGAUCGACACACGACAGAAGGCGCUUGGCGCCAUCAACAGGAAGAUCGCUCAACUGGAGGUGAGAAGAGAACAAGGCACCACACCACACCACACGGAUGCGUUCGUUGAGUAUGUCAGUCAAUAGAUUGAUGCUUACCUAAGUUACGUGCCUGCCUAUGCUAUGUGUGGGUGUGGUGUCAGUUUCGGCUGGGCGGUCGUGAGAUGAUCAUCCCUGGGUUGGUGAGAGGGGCUCUGUCGCCGCUUGCCAAGCGGCCCCAGCAGCACCAGAUAGACCCAGCCGCCCUCCCGGCCUUCCUGGACGGAUUCCUCAGAGACGAGGGACUCAGAAGUGAGUGAAUGAGCCACACAGUCACCAUACCAUGCACAGUACAGUCACCAUUGAUUGAUUGCCUUUGACUGACGUGUUAUCCUGUGUGGCUGUGCCUUGCUUGGUGGAUGGAUGCAGUUGAGUGCCUGCAGGCCUUCGACCGCGCCUGCAACGUCAAGUUGUCGAUGCAGCCCAUCCUGGCCCGCUACCGCCCCUACGCCAAUAUCAAGAUUGUGCACAGCGACGUCCACCCGGGCGGCUGUGCGCAGAUCGACUUUUUCCUCCACGGCGACAAGAAUGGCUGGCGGUCUGCUCUGGCCCACAAGAGGACACACACGGCCAACUGGGACUUCAGGAGCGUCUGCAGCGUACUCAAGAACUGGGAAAAGAGCAUGAUCACAGGUUGGUUCGUUGUGGGCAGAGGGGGGUGGGUCUGUCCGUGUGCCGUGGACCCGUGCGUGUGUCAGCGACUGGUGUGUGCGUGUGUAUGUGUGUGUGUGUGUGUGUGUGUGUGUGGCAUGGCAGACCCUCCCCCUCAGCACAUCUUACAUGCCCUCAACUCCGUGCCUGUGGGCAGUCCCAUCCUCGUGGACCUCAACGCGUUGAACCACAAGAGCAGGAGCCCAUCCUUUUCUGACCUACCCCACCUGCCCUCCCGCCCCCCGCUGGCCCGGGCCGCCACUGACGAAGACGACGAUGACGUCGAAAUCAUCGGGGAGGCGUUCAACCCACCGCGACAACCGACCGCCAGACAGCGCACUUCACCCUCAUGCAGGGGGGCAGCAGCAGCAGCAGCAAGUGGCGUUGACAUGGCUCAGCCCUUGCCGCCGCCGCCGCAUGUGGUCUUCCCUCCGCUGCCCCGCGGGAUGGUACCGGUGCCAUGGAUGGGCAGAGCUCAGGCAGACGGCACCGGCAGUGGCAGUCCGAACACCUAGGUCUGUGUGUGUGUCUGUGUUUGUGUGUAUACCCACACAGACUGACAGACAGACAUUGACGGAGCAAGAAAGACAACAAGCCCAACCGCUGUGUUUGUCUUUCUUGCUGUGUCGAUGUCUGCCUGUGUCUGUGUUUGGUAGAUGAUGCGGUAUGGGCCAGGGAGGGUGCAUGGCAUGCACUAGAACGAAUCGAUGGAUGCACUCAUGCAUGAGGGACUGAUGACUGACUGGUGGUGCUCGUGAGCAGCUCAGAGCAUUCCAUGCUGCUCAGCCGAU